UUUAAAAUAUUUAUCAAUUUAUAAAAUUAAAAUAAAAUUACUUUAUUUGUUUUUAUUUUACUUUUAAAAUUAAUUAUUGUAUGUUUUAAAGUGAACUAUAUUAGGGUAAAUUAUUAUUUUUUUCUUUUUACUCCUUAUUCAAUGAGCUAGUGGUAGAUACCAUCCAUUGUGGUCUGUGACCCAAGCAAGGGUGGUCCAAUUCAUCUAGCAUGAAUAAUCUGCAGGGCUUAGGUCCAAUCUCUUACCCGAUUCACAAUCCAAACCCGAAUCCGAGACCAAAUACUGAUCCAAAAUCAGUGUCGUUUGAUGAGGUGUCCAAGUUGUUCAAUUUGCCUCUCUCCGAUGCUGCUCAAUCCUUAGGUGUUUGUGCAAGUGUUCUCAAGAAAAUAUGCUACGAGAAUGGUCUGGUGAGGUGGCCAUAUCGAAAGGUCAUCUCUGGAAAGAGUAUUGAAGAUAUAAAGAAGGAGGCAUUGAGGGAAAAACAAGAGCGAUCCGUGGAAUUUCCUAAAGCUGCUGGAGAAAGGAAUGAUUCUUUAGCCAGUUCUGCAAUCUUAUCAUUUUCGGGCUCCCCUUUGCCAAACAGGAGUAUUACCUCCACACUGGAAAUGUCAAAAGCAGGGGCUUUCUCACAGCAGCAAGGAGCAAGGAAUUUUCAAUCUGGAAGUUUACCGCAUUUCCGUAUCUCUAACUUGCCAAAAGGAACUUCAGUCAGUAAUGAUGAAUUCAAAUAUGGUUUUCCAUCCGAUGGCUUGUCUACUACAACUUAUAGGUGGUGGGGAAACAAGAGUCCUGAUCGUAAUGAGGAUAGCAAACUGAAUGAUGAUAAUGCCAAAAACAACACGGAGCAACCAGAAAAUAUAACAGAGAAAUCCGAAUGCCAGACAAGUGUGGAUUCCAGGGGAACGACUUUACUGACUGAUGUGAGGAAACGAGCUGUCAAAGAGGGGAAAGAAACGCUGAAGCUUGGGGUUUAUAGAGGACGUAGUGCAAACAUGCUUGAUUCAACUAAACGGAAGAUUCUUCAUCAGGUAUUCAAAUCGUAUUUUCGUGUCCAUGGAGACAUGAGUAAAUGUGAAUCAUGACAGAGCUAGGACCAAGAAUCGUCUUUUCUCGAUAUGAUGGAAUGAGCAAUGACCAUUUCAAGAUUCACACGAAGAAGACAUGUUACAUCUAGAUUUUAGUGCUCUAUGUGGUACCAAGGCAAUUUAUAUAAAUUAUCUUUUCGUUGGCUGUGACUUCGAUGAGAUUCUUGAACUCCCAUAGGCAAAGAUCAGUUACCAAUAUAUGGAUUUUUAGCUUGAUCUCGAUUAUUUUUGGCUUAGUUUUGUUUGAUGGAUGUCAUCUUUCUGGAAUGUAUGCUCCUGGAACAUUUCCUUGUACUGUAUGUGCUUGCUAAUCAAAGGUUUACAUGUAAUAGUUAUGGGUUCGGCAAAAUCCAGUAACUUUGGUUCAAA